AAUACCGUCCAUCAUUGGGAUAAGGUUUCUUGCAUAUCCAAACGGAGCUUUUGCUAAUAAUCUCUCACGCUUACUUCUUCAUCUUCUUUCCCUAUUGUCGCUUCACUUAGCGCGCCAAAAUGGUUGCCCAAGUAUCGGAAACCAUGGCUCACUUCCCACCUCCGCCAUCUCACGCUGCUUCUAUUUCUCCUCAUAAACCCAUCGCGCUUUCUUUUCAAAGCCCAAGAAAAAUUCACCAACCUACCAUCACCUCUCAACCAAUAAACACCGACACCCAUCUAUGCAUCCUUGACAAACCAAUCAAUUCAACUACGUACGCUUCCAUUCUCGAUUCUUGCACAUGCCCAAAUCUAGGAGAACAACUUCAUGCCCACACCAUCAAAUCUGGUUUUCAUGGACACGAGUUUGUGGAGACGAAAUUGCUCCAAAUGUAUGGUAGGUGUGGCUGUGUGAACAAUGCAAGCUUGUUGUUUGAUGCAAUGCCGCUUAGAAACUUGUAUUCUUGGACUGCCAUUUUGAAUGUGCAUCUGGACCGUGGCCUAUUUGAUGAUGCUGUCUCAAUCUUUCAACAAUUACUUUUUGACGAUAUUGGGUUGGAUUUUUUCCUGUUUCCAGUAGUGUUUAAGGUUUGUAGUGGAAUUGGCAUGGUGGAAUUAGGCGAGCAGUUACAUGGGAUGGCGAUCAAAUAUCAGUUUGUUUCAAAUAUCUAUGUAGGAAAUGCUUUGAUUGAUAUGUAUGGUAAAUGCGGAUACCUAGGGGAUGCUAAGAAAGUUCUACAAAAUAUGCACGAGAGGGAUCGUGUCUCGUGGAAUUCCAUGCUUACAGCUUGUGCUGCCAAUGGGAUGGUUUAUGAGGCAUUAGAGUUUUUGGAGAGAAUGUCAUUGGUAGAUAGUUUUAGUCCAAAUCUUGUUUCUUGGAGUGCUGUUAUUGGAGGUUUUGCUCAAAAUGGUUAUGACAAGGAAGCUAUUGAAAUGCUAGCAAGAAUGCAAGCAGAGGGGCAGAAACCAAAUGCACGGACUCUGGCCAGCGUUCUUCCUGCUUGUGCUAAAUUGCACAAGCUAGACCUGGGAAGAGAAUUACAUGGCUAUAUAAUGAGAUACGGAUUUAUGUCUAACUCUUUCGUUGUAAACGGAUUGGUUGAUCUGUAUAGAAGGUGUGGUGAUAUGAGAACUGCACUCAAGAUAUUUUCAUGGUUCUCAGAGAAAAAUACAGUCUCUUAUAAUACAAUGAUUGUGGGUUACUGCGAGAAUGGUGAGAUCUCAAGGGCUAGGGAGUUUUUUGAUCAGAUGGAUGCUGCAGGAAUCAAGAAAGAUAUAAUUUCGUGGAACUCUAUGCUUUCGGGUUUUGUUGAUAACUUCAUGUAUGAAGAAGCCUUGAGCAUGUUUUCAGAUCUGCUAAUGGUGGAAGAGCUUGAGUCUGAUUCUUUUACCUUGGGGAGUGUUUUGACUGCAUGUGCUGAUAUGGCUUCUUUGAGGCAGGGCAAGGAGAUACACUCCUAUGCCAUUGCCAAAGGUUUGCACUGCAAUACCUUUGUAGGGGGGGCUCUGGUUGAAAUGUACUGCAAGUGCCAAGACUUAGAAGCUGCUCAAAUGGCUUUUGAUGAGAUAACUGAAAAUGAUACUGCAACUUGGAAUGCUUUGGUCUCUGGCUAUGCUCGUUGCAACCAGAUUGAAAGUAUGCAAGACCUUCUUCAAAAGAUGAAAAGAGACGGUUAUGAGCCAAACAUAUACACAUGGAAUGGGAUUAUUGCCGGUCAUGUAGAGAAUGGACACCAUGACAUGGCUAUGCAGCUGUUCUCUGAAUUGCAGGCUUCAGACAUGAAGCCUGAUAUCUACACUAUCGGAAUAAUCUUGCCUACUUGCUCACGGUUGAUCACAUUGGAGCGAGGGAAGCAGAUCCAUGCAGUUUCAGUCAGAUGUGGUUAUGACUCACAUGUCCAUAUCGGAGCAGCACUUGUAGAUAUGUAUUCAAAGUGUGGAAGUAUAAAGUAUGCAACAUUUGCAUAUAAUAGGAUUGCGAACCCUAAUUUGGUGUCCCAAAAUGCCAUGCUCACUGCAUACGCCACACACGGACUUGGAGAGGAGGGAGUGGAUUUCUUCCAGAGAAUGCUGGCCAUGGGCGUUAGACCAGACCAUGUUACUUUCCUAUCUGUUCUCUCUGCUUGUGUUCAUGCUGGAUCAGUGGAGAAAGGUCACGAAUUCUUUGACUUGAUGGGCUAUUAUGGUUUGAAACCCACUCUGAAGCACUAUACAUGUAUGGUAGAUCUCCUAAGUCGUGCCGGCCAGCUUCACAAAGCCUACGAGUUCAUUAAGAACAUGCCCAUGGAACCUGAUUCAGUAUUGUGGGGUGCGCUGCUAGGAGGCUGUGUUAUUCAUGGUAAUGUUGGAUUAGGAGAAAUUGCAGCUAAAAGACUUAUGGAGUUGGAGCCCAGUGAUUCUGGCAACCACGUCCUGUUGGCAAAUCUAUACGCUUUUGCAGGAAGAUGGUCUGAUUUAGCAAGAACAAGGCAGCUGAUGAAGGAUGGAGGAAUACAGAAGAGCCCGGGUUGCAGCUGGAUUGAGGACAAAGAUGAAAUUCAUGCUUUUCUUGCUUCAGACAGGAGUCACAUGAGAACAGAUGAAAUUUACGCUACUUUGAACACUUUAAACCUUCACAUGAAAAGAGAUCCUGUAAUUUCUCAGUGACAUAAUCAUCCUGUAUCUUCUGAUUACCUGCUUUUUGUAAUUUUGCACAGUCCAUUACCGUAAUACUAUGCCCUGCUCAUUCAUGCAUUCCUAUACUCAAGAAGACAGAACUUCUCUGCAAGAGAGAAUUGUGUAUCACAAGGAUUUGAGAUCCAGCGGUGAUUGAAAACUAGCAAGGCUUCUUCAUCGCCUGCUGUGCAAACCAGAUCUAGCAAUCCGCAAACAAUCUUCACAAAAUGCGAAUGUUCCACUAAUCAAGCAAAAAAUUGAUCACUAAGAUGUCCCAAACGGCAUGCCAUUGUUGCUAUUCCAUUCAUUAACAACAUGAAACAACUGGAUUCACUAAGCAUAACUAAGCUGCCCAAUUGACAAAUAGGAUAGAUGGACUAAACCUGAAAGCAAAGCCUAACUUUCAUAUCAGCUACACUGCGAUACACCUUCCACCGUGAUCAGAGCAGAAGAAACGAUGAUUAUUCAUUAUGGUUCUGAAAUCUAGUGCCAAGAAUAGCUAUGCUGGCACUGCAAUUUGAAAUUUUCUCCACACAUUGCUGAAUAAUGAGCAGACAAUGCAUAUCCAAAACCAAAAGAAGUUAAACUUAAAACAACCAAGAAACUCUCUACCAUACCAUGCUUUUCUCCAAGGCUCCCGAUUCAAUCAGCGCACGUUUAAAAUAAAAUCAGGAAUUGAGGAUCAUUACAUGGUUUCAAUUAGCAAGUCCCCAAGCGCAAUUUGCCUUAAGAACGUAGUACACGACUCAAAAUUUUGCAGAUUUUCAAGCACAUCAUGAAAUAUUUCUUGGAUAUUGAAUUUUCAUUUUGUUUCCAUUCUUUGAACCAACAACAAACAUUAGUCUUAUCCCUGAAAAUCCUUGACACACAAAGAAACAAAGCACUUGAGGAACAACAUAAUUUUAUUUUACAAAGAAGUUGAAGAUCCAACUGAAAUUUUCAAGACAGGAAAUGGAAACAAUGAACAUUGAGAAAAUUCACAUAUUUCCAAUUAAUAGAGAAUUUUCUGUACAAAGAGGAAAUGAAGGACAUGAAUAU